UUGUGUCUCUGUGAUGUCAUACAGUUUGAUAGCUAAGCGUUGUGUAAGCAAUACUAGUUAUUUAAUGACUACCUGCAAUAGUGUAGUGCUAGCUAUAGGCUACAUGUAAGCUCAGGAGAUAUUUUUAUUUUUAAUUAGUGAAUUUAUUUUUCGGUCCAAUCAUGUGGUCAUUGCCAUUAGUACGUCACACUGACGUUCCACAGAGAGUGACUGAGAACUUCAUUUUGUCUGGUUAUCGCUUCCCUAACUACAGCCUCUGGCAGUGCCUAGCCUCCGCUUUUUGUCCCACCAAUGAGACUGGAAACUUCUGGACACACUUCCUCCCCAUCUUUGUGUUCGCCUUCCACUUUUUGGAGGUGUUCACGUGGGAAGGAGCGCCAGAACCUAGCAGUCCUUUUUUCUACCCCUUCUGGAACUACUUCCUGGGGGUGUUGUACCUGCUGCUAGCCAGCAGUCUGGCUCAUCUUCUCAACUCCAUGUCACUCAUCAUUCGUGAAAUCUGUUUCUUUGUAGACUACGGAACUAUCAGUGCGUAUACGGUGGGUUCCUCGCUGGCAUAUUACUACUACAUCCAUCCUCAAGCAGGAAUACCAGAGAUUGGAUUCGGGGUCCAGAACAAUUCCCAAAGGGAGAGAUUGAACACUGAUGAAGAGGCUUGGAACUCUGCAUCUUCUCCCACUCUGUUCCAGCUAUUCUUUGAAAGCCUGUACAUCCCAUCCACCUGUCUGGUUGCUAUCAUAUGCGUUGUCACCUGCUGCAACACCAGACAGCGCUGGCGGAAGUACCGCUAUGCUGUCCGCACCCUCGUCUUCCUCCUUCCGUUUUUCAUCUCCUCCGCUCCCGUCUUCUACCGUCUCCUGAGUCCCUCCGCAAACUCUGCAUCAUCCUCCUCCCCUCAUGUGUUUUCUACCAUGGCUGCCUUCUUCUACCGCCACUGCUUUUGGCUGGUGGUAUCUGCCAUCUUCAAUAUCAGUAAAAUCCCAGAACGUUUGUCUCCGGGGAACUUUGAUAUCUGGGGUCACAGUCAUCAGUGGUUCCAUUGCUGCACUUUCCUCUCGAUUUUGGAUGAGCUGCAGAUGAUCAAAGUGGAGGUGCGGGCCCUGCUUCUCAACCCAGCGUUGGUACUAUCAUCUGUAAUGCCACCUAGACUCCCUGGCCCCACACUCUGGUCCACCUAUGGGGUCAUGGUGCUCCUGCAGGGGUGCAUAGCGAGCAUCAUAGCCUUGUUUGGCUGGCAGGCAUAUCAGAUCUUCGCACCAGAGCAAAAAAAGCUUAAGGGACAUUAGAAGGCACCAUGACGUUCUGGUCGGGUUUAAAGCUCUCUUUAAGCGUUUGGACUUUUUUUUAAACAAUGUUAUUACAAUGUUGAUUUCUGCUGUGUAACCUGCUGUCAUUUCAAUCAUUUUAAAGGGUUAGCUCACCCAAAAACGAAAAUUCUGUCGUUAAUUACUCACCCUCAUGUCACUCCUAACCCGUAAGACUUUCGUUCAUCUUCAGAACACAAAUGAAGAUUUUUUUUAUGAAUUCUGAGCGCUUUCUGUCCCUCCAUUGACAGAGUACGCAACUACCACUUUCAAGACCCGGAAAGGUAGUAAAGACAUAGAAGUAAUCCAGUGGUUUAACCUCAGUUUUAUGAAGCCACGCAAGUGCUUUUAUUGCGCAAAACCCCCCCAUAAUUGACCACUUUAUUUACAAAAUAUUUAUCUAUCACACGUUCACGAGAGCACCAUGUGUGUUGUGUUGAUGCGAGAGCAGACGUUGUUACUUCAAUGAUGUCUUUACUACCUUUCUGGGGCUUGAAAUGUCAAUGAAGUGACAGAAAGCUCUCAGAUUAAAAAGAUCUUAAGGUCUUACGGGUUUGGAACGACAUGAGGGUGAGUAACUAAUGGUAGAAUUUUCAUUUUUGGGUGAACUAGCCCUUUAAAAGGGAUAGCUCACCCAUUCAUGAAAAUUGUGUCAUAAUUUACUGACCCUCAUGUUGUUCCAAAACUCACAUAGUUUUCUUUCCUUUGCAAAGCACAAUAAAUGUAACAUUUUUAUGAACUUUCAAACUGCAAAAAGGGCAUAAAGUUAGCAUGAAAUGUAUGCAUAUGAUUACUAGUCUAUUCCAAGUCUUCUUCUCUUUGUAUGAUGAACAGAUCAAAUUGUAAGCCUGUAAAUCAAAAGUCAUUGGCCAGUGGUCCAACAUAUUUUAAAACAUUC